CAGAGAGAGAGAGAGAGAGAGAGAGAGAGAGAGAGAGACGGAUUUUGAAAGAAUGACUGUAUAGCUGUGCAGUGAUGGCAGGAUUCGAUUUGCUGGUCCUUUCCAUCUCUUUCUGUGUGUUUCAGUCCGCUGUCUCCGCACAGAGCCAUCAGGAAGGGAACAGCUUGAAGUGUGUUUCCGAUUACAAGUCCACGCUCAGCUGUGCUUGGAACACGACAGGGAGGCUGAGAGAGUCUUCAUGCAGCCUUCACUUCACCUGGACGAUAAACAGACUGCAGAAAAAGCUGCAGAAAGAGGAAAGAUGUGAGCUGCAGGACUCAGCGGCUGACCCUGAGAUUCGAAGCUGCAGUGCUAUAGCGGACGGAGAUCCUACGUUGCAAAAGUUCACGAGCGUCAGUGAGGUCACAAGCCGGGUGAAGUGUGGGAACAGCAGCCAGGUCGCAGCCAACGUUACGUUUAAACCCAGCAAAAAUGUGAAAAUGCAUCCUCCCUUCGCUCCAUCCAUUGUGAACAACACCAACAUCACCUGGACUAUGAACCGCACACUGAUCUCAAUUCACCUUAACAACAUAGAGUUUCAAAUCCGAUUCAAACGCAAAGAGAAAUCCUGGGAGGAAGCCCAGCUGAUCUCCGAGCUUCACGGUCAGGAGUGGACCCGGCUCAGCGAGAAGUGGCUGGACCGGGAUGCGGUGUACCAGACUCAGGUUCGAGUCAAAGCCCAAGAUUACAAAGGAGAGUGGAGCGAGUGGAGCCCAGUGACUGAGUGGAGAUCUGAAGUGGGAAAUGUGGCUGAUGGAGUGGGCAGGAAGCCGAACAGCCCUCAGCAGAUGGAGCUGGUGAUUGUGAUGGCCUGCGUUCCAGCCCUGGCUGUCUUCUUCAUCACUGUCUACAGGAGGAAAUGGAUCCACAAAGUUUCCUGUCUUAAUAUCCCGGAUCCAUCCAAAUAUUUUGCCCCCCUAAACUCACAACAUGGAGGAAAUUUCCAGAAAUGGCUCAGCCCCAUGUUCUCCCCAGAGUCCUUCACUGGAGGUGACAGCAACGCCAAAAUCUCUCCGGUGGAAGUCUUCGAGGUGAAGGGCUCCUAUGAGAAGGAGUGCCCCGGAUCGGGGUGUCGAGACUGGGGCAAGAACUGCGAUUCCUCCUCCUCCUCUGCCGGCUUCUCCAAUAUGGGGUACUUCUUCUCCAAGUACCCCAGCUCCCUGGAGAUCGACUCCUGCCCCGUGUACUUCAGCUACGAACCCGCGGAACGAGGCUCUGAAACCAGCGAGGCCGAGUCUUACGAGCGGCUGCAAAACCUGGAGCAAGAUCGGGGGAAAAACUGGGAAAACCCGGAAAGCUUGGAUCCCGACUCCGGGUUCGGUCUGGAAAGCGGGUCGAGCGAGGAGAGCUGCGAUUUGAACGGGUCGCCCCACGCCGUUUCCACUCCCCUGCCGUUUCCCACCACCCUCCCUGGCGGCUGGUUUCUCCCACAUGGACAGUUCCUCUUCCCAGCUAUCGAUUUCACCGCUCUGGCCGCUGGGUCAUCCGGUCCACCAGGGGGCGCUCUCUUCAACGCGUCUUCUUUGACUAUCCCAGCCACAGUGAUCGACUACAUGUCCGUGAAGGAUCUUCAAACUCUCAAUAAGCCAAUCUGAACAGAAAUGUGAAUCGGACUCCCGCUGCACAGCAGUGUGAUCCAGUCCUGGUUUCACUAGGAGUUUAAUAAUAAGACACACCUGAGCUUGUUCCCUAGACACACUGGGGGCUGAUCACGCUGGUAGCAGUGAAUCCAGUUCUGGAUCACACUGCUGUGCAAUAGGAGUCUGAUUCCCAGCCCUGAUCUCUCUGUCUAAAUAUCCCACUGCUACCACCAAUACACUGCAGCUCUCUACACUAUAAAAUCUGCUACAAACCUCCUUCAACCAAACUCUAUCAAGCUGGUAGCAGUGAAACCUGGACUGGAUCACACUGCUGUGCAAUAGGAGUCUGAUUACCAGCCCUUGAUGGAGGAAACCUUGUAGUGUUUUUAGGGAGUUAGAAGUGUUUAAAAGUUCUGAAAAACAAUGACAAGUGAAAAUAUACUUUUAUAUUGUCUUGCAGCACCAUCUAGUGGCGCUUGCAGGAAAUGCAUAUAUUUUUAUAUAUAUAUAUAUAUGUGUGUGUGUGUGUGUGUGAAAAAUUACCGAGAAAUUUGUAAACCAUUUUAUAAGCUAGUGUAAGUUUCAUUUAUCUUCUGCUGCGUGAACGAAGAAAUUGUAACCGAAUCUGAAUGUUUGUGAAGCUGCUUUGAAAAAAAAAAAAAAAAAAAAAAAUUUAAAUUCUUGUUUUUUUUUUUAUUAUUAUUUUCUUUGUCGUGUCUGUCUUUAUGAAUGAAAUACUGUUUAAUAGAAAACACUUUAUUUCGUUUGUCAAGCUCCUUAUUUCCUGUCAUGCGUGGUGACCUCAGAUGGGGACAGAGAAAAAAAAACAAACCCAAAACUAUCCUAAUCUUUAUG